AUGAAGGGGAUCGAUGCAUCAUCGUUGGUGAUUUCUGCCAACACAUUUGAAGAUUUGCAGAAGCAAUCGUCAAUGACGUGGAUCGAGAUGCAACUGCUGGGCCGGAAUAUUGACUCCGAAGUACUUAGGCAAAAGCGACAACCAUAUGAGGCAGAAGGGACUAACCAAAGCAGCGAUGUGGCGCGUCAUUCAAUUUUAAGCGCUGAAGAUGGUUUGGAAAGCAAUGAUUCACAUCCUGAACCAGUAGUUCCGCAGCCAGUUCAGUUUGAUCCGCCAUCAGGACCGUCAUCUUACCUCACCAUUUAUCAAAGAUGUGAGGUUCGUCAAAAUAAUUGUCCGCGUGGACCCCCUGGUCCGAAAGGCCCUCCGGGCGAAAAUGGUGCAAAUGGCAUUGAUGGUGUUGACGGUAUUCCGGGUAAAGAUUCCGGCGUACUAACUUUGGAAGAACAAAGUGGUAAAUGCUUCUACUGUCCACCAGGGGCAUCCGGAACGCCUGGAGCAGUUGGAAAACCCGGGAUGCGUGGUAUACGAGGUGCGCAAGGUACCAAUGGUAUUCCAGGAAAAAAUGGCUCACCAGGGAUACCAGGUUUUUUUAAUAUAGUACUUGAUGUCGGUUUUCUAGAUACUAAUUUUGGCUGGCUUUAUGCUGGAGCAGGCAUGAACUUAGUGAAAUAUUUAUAUCCAGUACGCAUUUGA